AAAAACACCAUUUAACGAAAGAGACGUGGAAAGCUCUAAUUAUUCACAUACCGGUAGAACAAUUAACAAAUUAUAAAUAAUUGAGAAAUUUUCUAUGUACACAUACCUGGUUAAAUCAACUGGUGAUAAAUAAAUAAAAAAUUGAUGUCCAAGUGAUAGUUCAAAAAUCACUAAACAAUUCCACUAAAAUUCUUUUAAGAAUCGACACAACGAAUUGUUAAUUGUACAUAAUACCACAUCAUGGCAGAAAAAGGACUAGUUGCUAGCAUAAUAAAAUUUUUAAUGAAACAAUUGGAGGAUGGAGACAUCACAGCAGAUUCACGUGAAAGUCUUGAAGUAGCGAUUCAAUGUCUAGAGAGUGCAUACAGCGUGCAAGCUACUGAUUCUCCAGCUAAUUUUGAUUUACUUAAUACUUACAAAGUAGCUGUAGAAAAUUUCAUAACAUUGCCACCGAGCGAAGCAACAGAUGAGGAAAAAGCUGAAGCAGAAAAAUAUAAAAAUGAGGGUAAUAAUUUAAUGGGCAAAGGAAAUGUUGAAGAAGCUAUCGAGCAUUACUCCAAAGCUAUAAAAUUAGACGGACAUAACGCUGUGUAUUAUUGUAACCGCGCAGCAGCUUAUAGUAAAAUAAAUAAUCAUCGUGAAGCAAUAAAAGACUGUAAGACAGCAUUGGUAAUUGAUAACAAGUACAGUAAAGCUUACGGACGAAUGGGACUUGCUUAUUCGAGUUUAAACGAACACAAAGAAGCUAAAGAGUGUUACGAAAAAGCAUUGGAGAUCGAACCGACCAACGAAAGUUAUAAAAAUAAUUUGCACUUGACAGAAGAAAAAUUAGCGCAGCAAGGCGUCAGUAAUAUUGGUCUAGGCGGUGCUGGUAAUGUUCCAGGAUUCCCAGACAUGAGUAGCCUGCUCUCACACCCAGUACUAAUGAACAUGGCUAGACAAAUGCUUGCAGAUCCGGGUAUGCAGAAUGUCAUGACUGAAUUUAUGAGCGGCAAUGUUGAAUCCAACGAUCGUAUGGAAGCUCUUAUUCAAGCAGGACAACAAUUAGCACAACAAAUGCAAAGUGCCAAUCCAGAAUUAAUUGACUUAUUGAGAAGACAGAUGGGCGGUAACCCAAACGAUCCUGAUCCUCCACAACAAAAUUAAAUAAAAUCUAGAUAUCGAUUGAUAUAAUUUACACGAUAUUAAUUAAUCCGUGAUCAACAUUAACUACUCUAAAAAAAUUUUUUAAGUCUUUUUAUAGUAGUCUACCCGAAUUUUAACUACCUAUUGUUUUUUUUCUAAUUGCCAACUUAUAAUUUUUUUUUUUUUGACAAUUUAUAAUAUACAUAUUUGAAAUAUUAAAAAUAAAUUUCAUCAUGUAUCGAUAUUGUUAACAAAUAUAUAGAAAUCAAUACGUAAUGUAA